GACUGAGAGCUACCAGACGUUCAUAUGGCAUGUUUCCAAUUUACACCCAAUGCACCUCUUCAGGUGUCUUCUGGGUGCUUCUAUAUAUAGAGGCUAUCUUCUCAUUGCAAGUGCCCGAAGCCUCGAACCCAAGUUAUGACGAUCAUGAGUUAUGGCGUACAUGGUGUUUCCGUCAUACUCUCGGAAAAACCUUCGAGCACCAAUUUUGACUCGCGGACCGCUGAACUAUGGACGGACCGUCCAUUCAGUGGAAUUGUUGAUCUCUCUCGCAUUUUCUAUUGUGAUAUAUAGUGGUGAAGGUGCUCCAGGUUAUCGAAGGCAGUCCAGAACAUUUCAUCUUUCAUAGGCCAUGCAGACCCUCAUCGCUGCGUUCGCUUUGUUGGCCGUCCAUUGUCUUCACGUGGUUGCCACGCCUCUCGCAUCUGGAAUAUGCACAGUUUCUGCAAGUGGUUCCGACGAUGCACCUGCAUUUCUGAAGGCGGUGAUGGACCCAUCCUGUUCUUCCAUUGUCAUUCCUUCUUCCACGACUCUGAACAUUGCUUCUCGCAUGAAUAUGACAGGUCUACUCAAUAAACACAUCAGUGUUCAGGGUGCUAUUCGCUUCAACCCGGAUUUACCUUACUGGACUGGAAACGCGUUCUACUUCCCUUUUCAAGACCAGGUUGCUUUCUGGCUUUUGGGCGGAAACAACAUUGUCCUUGACGGAGGAGGAACUUUAGAUGGGGCUGGCCAAGCUUGGUAUGAUGCGUUUGCGAAGAAUAGCAGCCUGGCUCGACCAAUCAUUCUUACUGUCUAUCAGGCGACAAACAUCACCGUACAGAACCUUAGGAUGAUCAAUUCACCCGAAUGGGUGAAUCUGGUAUGUCACACCGCGCUUUCCCGGAAGCAAACGACAUGUAGUGAUAAUCUUGUUACUUUCUCUACAUCAAAGAAUGCUGCGAAGAACACUGACGGUUGGGAUAUCUACCGAAGCGACAAUGUCAUCAUCGUGGACUCAACUGUCAACAAUGGUGACGAUUGCGUGAGUUUCAAGCCUAACUCAACAAAUGUACUUGUUUCGAACUUGUCUUGCAAUGGAUCUCAUGGAAUUUCUGUCGGCUCUCUGGGACAAUACGCAGGAGAAUAUGACAUCGUGGAAAACGUUACCGCCACGAACAUCCAUAUGUCCAAUGCGCAGAAUGGCGCCCGUAUCAAAGCUUGGGCUGGCAAAGGCGUUGGCUCUGGUAUCGUCCAGAACAUUACAUUUACAGGAUUUGUAGAAACAAACGUUGACAACCCCGUGGUCAUUGACCAGUGUUACGAAACAGAUGACAGCGAUUGCGCCAAGUAUCCGUCAAACACGUACAUCCAAGACGUGUGGUUCGAGAAGGACGUCUUCUGGCAAGGAAAAGGCCGUUGUAGCGGACUUGUCGUGUUCUCCUGACGGCCGAUGCAGUAAUGUGCAUGUCGAUGAUUUGAAACUGACCCCACCAUCCAAAUACAGUGCUGCAUCAUAUUCUUGUCAAAACGUCGAUCUUUCUGGCAAUGAUGCUAGCCUCUUCGGAACUUGUGCAACGACAGGAUAGAUCAUCGGGGCUGCGUGUAACGACUGCUGUGAGAAUGAGUCAAUGAGUUUUGUUAUUAUCGAGCUUUAGUGAUAACAGGAAUGCAUGCAGAUCGGUCCUAAAGAUGCCAGGUACCGGUUGAUGCGUUAGUA